ACCACUGUUGACACGGAAAUUGGUAACAAUCAAGAUGGCUGCUACCAAGUCGAGUAUAUCCAAUGAUAAUCCGACAAAGAAAGAGGACGAAUUCAAUGAAUUUUACACGGAAGUGAAGGAAAUCGAGAAAAGGGACUCCGUGUUGACGCCUAAGCAACAAAUUGACAGACUUCUUCGGCCUGGAUCCUCGUACUUUAAUUUAAACCCUUUUGAAGUGUUACAAAUUGACCCGUCCACCUCCAUAGAUGAAAUUAAAAAAAAAUACCGACGUAUGUCAAUUCUUGUUCACCCUGACAAAAAUCAAGAUGAUGCAGAACGUGCACAACAAGCAUUCGAAAUUGUUAACAAGGCAUGGAAGACAUUGGAAAACGAAGAAACUAGAGCGAAAUGCAUGGAUGUUAUUGAAGAAGCAAAAGCUCGUACGGAUCACAUGAUUUCAGAAAAAAAAAAGAAACUGAAAAAAGAAGGAAAAGCAGAUGGUGUAUCAAUGCUUGAAGAAGAAACAGAAGAAGGUUAUAGACAUGCCGUUUGGGUUAUGACGAUGAAACUUUUUGCUGACAUGGAGCGAAGAAGGAGAGAGUUAGCCACCAGAGACGCGGAACAACGUAAACGGAAACGGGAAGAAGAAUUAUCUGCAGAAGCACAGGCUGCGUUAGAGCGUGAGUGGCAAAAAAAUUUUGAAGAAUCACGGCAAUCAAGAGUUGAUAGUUGGAAAGCCUUUCAGUCCGGUUCUAACGCUACAAAACAAAAGAAAGCAAAGAAACUAAAAGCAUUUAGGCCACCAAAAACGAAAGCUGAAUCACGAUAAUUAUACAGAUUUUGUUUCUGGCACUUGGCAUAAAUUAUUUCAUCCGGUGUUUCAUAUUUCUUGCAAAAUUUUCACCAUGUGACAUGAAAUAACGAAAUUCAUCGAAUAUGUAGAAUUGGAAUUGUUCUUUGAAUUUAUUUGUUAAUUAAAAAUUGUGAUUUAAAGGUAGUUGAGAAUGUGUUGAAUCAGGUGUCAAACUGGAGAGAGUGUUAUAAAUAAGAGUGACGUGUGAAUUGAA